GCCCCUUUCUGGUCGUUUCAACAAUAGUUGAAAUAAUAUAUUACUUUCCAAAGUCAGAAAUGAGCGUAUCGUCUUCAACACAUCGAAAGAAUUCACUGAUCUGAGCAUAUUUCUGUGUGCCAUUCAGCUAGGUCCAUCAUCAAGCACAAUGUACGGAUAUAUGGUUUUGACAGAAACGGCAGGACGCAACAAAUGCAUUUCGCACCACAUUUUUGGCAGAACGACUGAGAGCUUCCUCAGAGAAAGUCGACAGAAUGACCAUCGAUCAAAAGCUGCUUUACCACUGGAACCACUAAUAAUGUCUAACGUAUGUGAAAGGCAAUGA